ACCUCCGGGGUUGGGUUGUGGUGGUCACUGGUGGAGUACCCGGGGUCGAACUUGGUGGUGGUAGCAGUCGCGCCCUCUCUCUCUUCUUUGAAAAUUUUGAGCGUGAAUGGAGGAAGAAGGGGAAACUGGGUUCUCUGUUCGCGACCUCUUUUUUUUUUAAACAAAACGACGUCGUUUUGGUCAUGACAUCAGCGGUUGUGUGAAUGGUUGUGUGUCUGUACAUUGUGUCUAGCAUUAUUGAACAAAAAACUUUGACCAAAAGCUCGACAAAAGAUGUAAAGUUGUUAUCCAAAAAAGGUGAAAGCUUUCAUUUUGCAUAUUUUGCAUUUGUAUCAGAAGGCAAGUGGUUUGCUGUUGCAUGAGUUCACUGCUACUGUACAUAACUUCACAACAUUUUUUUUUAGAUAACCAAAUGUUCGGAUUAGCUUGCGCACACCUCGACUAAUUCCGGAGUCUUGUAGCUCGACUAUUUCCGGGGUUCUGAAGGUAACUUCAGGACAUUUGAACUAACUGCUUCGAUUUUGUAUCAGAAAACUUACAUGGUUACUAAACAAGAACUGCGAGUCAACCAUCUCUAAUUGCACUUUCUACGGUUCUCAACAUUAGCUCUUCUUUUUUUUCUCCGGCGCUUCGGAAAUAAGUCAACAUGACACAUGGCACAUGGCACCAAAGACUAAUUAGCAUAUUUUAAAAAAUAAAUAUCGAAAGCACGAUCUCCGAUGGCAAUUGCCAAUUACAGUAGUAUGGUUGACUCUAACACCACAAGGUUUCGAAGGCUAAUAAGCAUACAAAAUUAGCCUCAGUAUUUAAUCUCCUGUGUAGAUAUAAUAAAACAAAAAGUAUUCAAUCAAAAGGCAUCUUUCCUAGUUGAGGGAAGGUGCCAUAUAACGAAAAUGGGUGGUUACUUCCUUUUAAAAAGAACGCAGUCUUGUUGCUCCGAGGAUAAGAAAGUUGACACUACAAUCGUAGCAGGAGAGAGAGAGAGAGAGAGAGAGAGAGAGAGAGAGAGAGAGAGAGUUCAUGGACAUCCAAAGCAAAGAUCCAAGCCAUGACCUGAUCAGUAGCAUGUCCAAACAAGCUGAAGUGGUGGUAAUAAUGGUGCCAUUUCCAUGCCAAAGCCAUCUCAACCAGCUCCUUCACCUCUCAUGCCUCAUCUCCUCCUCUUACAACAUCCCAGUCCACUACGCCACCACCUCCACCCACCUCCGCCAGGCCAAACUCCGUUUCAAUUCCCAAACCCACCUCCAAGAGUCUCAAAUCCAUUUCCACGAAUUCCCCACCCCUGAUGUGCACUCUCCUUCCCCUACCCCAGAUCCCUCCACCAAAUUCCCAACCCACCUCCAGCCUUCAUUCGAUUCUUCUAUCCACCUCCGCCAGCCAAUGGCCACACUCCUCCGCAGAAUUUCUGCCACAACGAGAAGGGUUAUCAUCAUCCACGAUGUCCUGAUGGCUUAUGUGGUUCAGGAUGUUGCUAACGUUCCAAAUGCGGAAUCCUAUGCAUUUAACCCAACUUCACCCUUUUCUUCUUUCUUCGACGGGUGGCAAAUGAUGGGAAAACCCUUCCUCGAAGAACCACCACCAAAAGGGCUACCGUCAUUUGAAGGAUGCUUCACCAUUGACAUGCUGACUUUCAUAGCCCUUCAAGCUGAUUCCCUGAAAUUUACAACCGGAUAUAUCUAUAACUCGAGCAGAUCAAUUGAAGGUACAUUUAUUGAUUUAAUAGCAAAGGACCAGUUGAAUAGGAACAAACUGAUGUGGGCGAUUGGGCCCUUGAACCUGGGGGCAGACUAUGAUAGAAGUAACUCAAAUACACCAAAACACAAAUGUUUGGAGUGGCUUGACAAACAAGCCCCAAAAUCCGUUUUAUAUGUUUCGUUUGGAACGACAACUACAAUGACUGAUGAAGAGAUCAAAGAGCUUGCAAUGGGGUUAGAACAGAGCGAGCAAAAGUUCAUCUGGGUUUUCAGAGAUGCCGAUAAAGUAGACAUUUUCACAGGAGAGGUGACAAAAGAGAAACUGCCAGAAGGGUUUGAAGAGAGAAUGAAAGAAGUUGGAAUGGUGGUGAGGGAUUGGGCACCUCAAGUAGAGAUUUUGGGGCACCCAUCCACAGGUGGGUUCAUGAGUCACUGCGGCUGGAAUUCCUGCUUCGAGAGUAUAGCUAUGGGAGUGCCCAUAGCUGCUUGGCCCAUGCACUCUGACCAACCCAAAAAUGCAUUUUUGGUUACAGAUAUAUUGAAGGUUGGUCUGCCAGUUAACACAUGGGAACAGAGAGAGGAAAUAGUGACUUCGUCAACUAUAGCAAAAGUUGUCAAGAAACUGAUCGCAUCUAAAGAAGGGGAGGAUAUAAGGAAGAGAGCUGAGGAGCUGGGUGCUUCCACCAGGCAGGCGGUGGAAGAAGGUGGUGCUUCUCGAGUGGAACUGGAUUCAUUCAUUGCUCACAUUACUAGGUAGGUUCAUAGAACUACCACAACACAAACCUUGUACCUCUUCUUCUUCAUCUCCUCUAAUAAAUCCCAAUCCACCAAGGACGAUUGGGCCAAGUGUCCUCCCAUGUGUGUCCGGCCCAUACGAGCGCCAGUACGACAGGCUGCCCAUGGCUCUUGGCCCAUUGCCUGGAUUCGGCCCACUACACUGUGCUACCAACUUUUCUGAAACUUGUGUCUUUUGUUAUGUUUAAUUUAAUUUCGAAGUAUCCAAAAAACAAAAGAGAAAGAAAUAGUUCCUGCAGUUGAUUUUUAAUUUGAUAACAGAUCCAACAAACUACAAAGUCUCUUUCUGGAGUUUUAACAUAGUCAUUUAGCCAAGAUUAUAGUAUCUCGAUAACAGCGAAAAAGAGAACAGAAUUUUUUUUUAAUACAGAACAGUAGCAUUGAGUUGGGUUAUAGCCACUGAAUUCUAAGACAAAUUAGGAAGGCCUUCAGAGAAAGUCCACCAACAGUAUCACCAAUUGAUCCUUCACUCAGAACCUACUAUCGCAGAAUAGUUUUCGUUCAGAGGAUGAGUAACAUACUAUACUAAAGCUUUUACAUGAGCAGGCAUCAACAAUUAAACAUGGUAUCAAAGUUCAAAGCAACCAACAGAUCAGGUGUUUGAAACUCAGUCUAACUUUAUGACUACUCCGAUACAUUGGACAAGUUAGGCACCCUCAUGCGUGUACCACUAGGGGGGGAAGUAUAAUGUCAAGGCUAAAACUAAUAAAGCUGACCUUCUCUCUAACAGCUUUAAAUUUUAAUGAAUUAGUGGUCAACACUUCGACAGUUCUAUGGUUAUCCCAUAGGUAGACUCAAGAAAGUCAAACCACCACAAUACUGACUGAGUACAACAAAAAUAAUCACCGAUCGCUAGAAAACUAAGUCUAAAAAACACAAGGGCAAGGCUACUACAAUUUUAACGAUUUUAUUUGUGGGUUUCACACGUCAAAAAAAAUCACCAAUUAUAAAAGUAAUCUAAUUUAGCGAGCUCUAAAAUCCAAGG